AGACUUCCUUUAAAACCCUUGGGUUCCUCCUACAAACCAUUAUUCAGAGCUGCAGAGACUUUCUUUGAUUAAUUCCUUUCUACUUACAAAGAAUCAUGGCUGGUUUUGUUGGGGAAGCUGUUUUGUCUGGUCUCAUCCAGAAACUGAUUGACAUGGUCACCUCCCCUGAGCUCUGGAAUUUCGCUAGCGAAGAGCACGUCCAUUCCGAGCUUAACAAGUGGAAUAAAAUUUUGACGAAGAUCUAUGCAGUCCUCCAUGACGCAGAGGAGAAGCAUAUGACGGACCCCCUGGUGAAGAUGUGGCUUGACGAGCUCGGAGACUUGGCUUAUGAUGUGGAGGACAUCUUGGACAGCUUCGCCACUGAAGCUUUGCGACGCAAUUUGAUGGCGGAAACCCUUCCUUCUGGCACUCAACCUAGCACAAGUAAGUUACGGAGCCUCAUCCCUUCUUGUUGUACUAGUUUCACUCCAAAUUCUAUUAAGUUUAAUGCGGAGAUGUGGUCCAAAAUCAAGAAGAUCACCGCCGGGUUACAAGAAAUUUCUGCACAAAAAAAUGAUCUCCAUUUAACAGAGAAUAUUGCUGGGAAGAGGUCUACCAAAACAAGGGAAAUACUUCCCACCACUUCUUUAGUGGAUGAGUCCCGUGUUUAUGGUAGGGAAACGGAUAAAGCAGCCAUUGCCAACUUGUUACUCAGGGAUGAUCCAUGUACUGAUGAAGUCUGCGUGAUUCCUGUUGUCGGUAUGGCUGGUAUUGGCAAAACUACUCUCGCCCAACUUGCAUUCAACGAUGAUGAAGUAAAAGCUCAUUUUGAUUUGAGAGUUUGGGUCUAUGUUUCUGAUGAUUUUGAUGUCUUGAAGAUCACGAAAACAAUUCUACAAUCAGUUUCUCCGAAUACUCACGAUGUUAAUGAUCUUAAUUUGCUUCAGAUGACACUAAGGGAGGACCUUUCCGGGAAGAAAUUUCUUCUUAUCCUAGACGAUGUAUGGAAUGAGAACCUUGAUUCGUGGGAUUUUUUGUGCAUGCCAAUGAGAUCAGGGGCACCGGGUAGUAAGCUUAUUGUCACAACCCGUAAUGAAGGUGUUGUAUCAAUCACUCGAACUCUCCCAGCUUAUCGUCUUCAGGAGUUAGCAUACGAAGAUUGUUUAUCUGUAUUCACUCAACAAGCAUUAAGGAAAAGUAAUUUCGAUGGUCAUUCACACUUGAAAGAAGUUGGUGAGGAAAUAGUGAGAAAGUGCAAGGGCAUGCCUUUGGCAGCAAAGGCCCUUGGUGGCAUGUUGCGCAACCAAGUAAGUCUUGAUGCAUGGGAAAAUAUUUUAACAGGUAAGAUAUGGGAUCUACCUGAGGACAAAAGUGGAGUUCUUCCUGCACUCAAGUUAAGCUAUUAUCGUCUCCCUUCUCAUUUGAAGAAGUGUUUUGCCUAUUGUUCAAUAUUUCCAAAAGGCUAUGAAUUCGACAAAGAUGAAUUAAUCCAAUUAUGGAUGGCCGAGGGUUUUUUACAACAAACAAAAGAAAAUACCUGGCCGGAAGACUUGGGUUCUAAAUACUUCUACGAUUUAUUGUCAAGGUCAUUUUUUCAACAAUCUAAUCAUAAUUCAUCACGAUUUGUGAUGCAUGACCUAAUCAAUGAUCUAGCUCAAUAUGUAGCGGGAGAACUCUGCUUUAAUUUGGAGGGUAUAUUAGUGAAUAAUAACCAAUCCACCACUUUUAAGAAGGCUCGUCAUUCAUCUUUCAAUCGUAAAGAGUAUGAGAUGCUUGAAAAAUUCAAUGCCUUUCAUGAGAUGAGUUGUUUGCGAACGUUGGUCGCAUUGCCGCUAAAUGCAUUUUCUAGAUAUCACUUCAUACCAAGUAAGGUAAUAAAUAACCUUAUAAAGCAAUUUAAAUGUUUACGUGUAUUAUCUUUAAGUGGCUACUACAUAAGUGGAGAGAUACCACAUUCGAUUGGUGAUUUGAGACAUUUGCGUUAUCUCAAUUUAUCCAACUCUUCAAUAAAAAUGCUACCUGAUUCAAUUGGUCAUCUUUACAACCUACAGACAUUGAUAUUAUCCGAUUGUUGGAGACUCACUAAGUUGCCUGUGGUGAUUGGACGCCUAAUCAACCUUCGACAUAUUGAUAUUUCUGGUACAAGUCAACUACAAGAGAUGCCUUCUAAGAUCAGCAACCUAACAAAUUUGCAAACAUUAUCUAAAUAUAUUGUGGGCGAAAAUAAUAGUUCAAGAAUAAGAGAAUUGAAGAACUUGAAGAAUCUUCGAGGAAAGCUUUCCAUUUCUGGGUUGCAUAAUGUGGUGGACAGUCGAGAUGCGAUGGAUGCUAAGUUAGAAGAAAAGCACAGCAUUGAAGAGUUGAUAAUGGAAUGGGGCAGUGAUUUUGGUAAUUCACGAAAUGAAAUGAAUGAGAUAAAUGUUUUGGCGGGGCUACGACCACCUAGAAACUUGAAAAAUCUCACAGUGGCAUUUUAUGGUGGAUCAACAUUUUUAGGUUGGAUAAGGGACCCCUCAUUCCCAUCGAUGACACAAUUAAUUCUAAAGAACUGCAAAAGAUGCACCUCAUUACCAUCUCUCGGCAAAUUACCCUUACUCAAGACGUUGCAUAUUGAGGGGAUGGGUGAUAUUAGAAACAUAGAUGUGGAGUUCUAUGGAGAGGUUGUCCAGCCUUUUCCAUCCCUGGAGUUUCUAAAGUUUGAGAAUAUGCCGAAAUGGGAAAACUGGUUUUUUCCUGAUGCAGUUGAAGGAGUUGAAUUAUUUCCACGCCUUAGAGAGCUUACCAUAAGGAACUGCUCAAAAUUAGUUAAACAGUUGCCUGAUUGCCUGCCAUCCUUGGUGAAACUUGACAUCUCUAAAUGUCGAAAUCUGGCAGUUUCUUUCUCAAGAUUUGCAUCUCUGGGUGAACUAAAGAUAGAAGAAUGCAAGGAGAUGGUGUUGAGAAACGGGGUGGUUGCAGAUAGUGGUGAUCAGCUGACAUCUAGGUGGGUUUGCAGUGGUCUUGAAAGCGCAGUGAUUGGACGCUGUGACUGGCUUGUAUCAUUGGAUGAUCAAAGACUGCCUUGCAAUCUGAAAAUGUUGAAGAUAGCCGACUGCGUCAACCUGAAGAGCCUGCAAAAUGGAUUGCAGAAUCUCACUUGUCUUGAAGAGCUGGAAAUGGUGGGAUGCCUAGCAGUGGAGUCAUUACCAGAGACACCGCCCAUGCUGAGACGUCUUGUGCUGCAGAAAUGCAGGAGCCUGAGGUCGCUGCCCCAUAACUACAGCUCAUGUCCCCUUGAAUCCUUGGAGAUUAGGUGUUGUCCAUCUCUCAUCUGCUUUCCACAUGGUGGGUUACCCUCCACUCUCAAGCAACUGACGGUUGCAGAUUGUAUACGCCUAAAGUAUCUACCAGAUGGAAUGAUGCACCGCAAUUCCACCCACAGCAACAACGCUUGUUGUCUUCAAAUGCUGAGGAUACAUGAUUGCAAGUCUCUCAAGUUCUUCCCAAGAGGGGAGUUACCCCCCACCCUUAAGCGGCUUGAGAUUCGGCAUUGCUCCAACUUGGAGUCGGUAUCAGAGAAAAUGUGGCCCAAGAAUACAGCUCUUGAGUAUUUGGAGAUGAGGGGUUAUCCCAAUCUGAAAAUCCUACCAGAAUGCCUUCACAGCGUCAAGCAGCUCAAAAUAGGAGACUGUGGAGGUCUGGAGGGGUUUCCAGAAAGAGGGUUUUCCGCCCCCAACCUCAGAGAGCUUCGUAUUUGGAGAUGUGAGAAUCUCAAGUUCUUGCCCCAUCAAAUGAAAAACCUCACAUCUCUUCAGGUUCUCAGCGUGGAGAAUUCUCCGGGACUGGAGUCCUUCCCAGAAGGGGGUUUGGCUCCCAGCCUAAAAUUUCUUUCAAUUAUAAAUUGCAAGAAUCUGAAGACGCCCAUAUCUGAGUGGGGCCUCCACACCCUCACCGCUCUGUCGACAUUGAAGAUUUGGGAAAUGUUUCCAGGCAAGGCUUCCCUUUGGGACAAUAAGUGCCUUUUUCCUACAUCUCUCACAAACCUCCAUAUCAACCAUAUGGAAUCCCUGACCUCCCUGGAACUCAAAAACAUCAUCUCCCUUCAACAUCUAUAUAUUGGGUGCUGCCCUAAGCUCCGCUCCUUAAGACUACGGCCAAUCGCACUCUCAAGUCUUGAGAUCAUUGGCUGUCCUCUUCUUCAAGAAACAAAAUUUCCCUCCAUUGCCCACAUCCCCAAAUUCAAAAUUGAUGGCAGAGUAAAUUAUUCUACGGGUGGUGGAAACAGAAUGGAAACAGAAAGCCGUUCAACCCUAUCCUUUCAUUGUUCAAUCAGGGAUCCGGCUUAAUAAGGAUAUGGCAAGUAUUGCACAGGGUGAACAAAGAAAAAAGAAGAGAGAGAGAUGAGACAUGAUCCAUUCUCUUGAUGUAUAGGUGACUUUGGCUUGGCUGCAGUUAUUAAUUGGGGGUUUUCUAUUAAAUUUGCACUUCCCUUUUUUGUUCUCUACCUCAGUUCUGGAUGAAGGAAACCUCAAAGACAUUCUAUUCCACCUUUAACAGCAUCAUGGCCUCCAAAUUGGUCUAUUCUUAUGUGUUUCCAAUGCUUAUUAUAUGAUGGAUCGUUCUUCCUAAGAAUUCUUCUUUCCCUAGUCAACAAAUGAAAGCAAACAAAUGGGAAGGAAAAAGAAAAAGGUGAAUAUUAUUAGAUGCAAAACUUCCUAAUCAUUAACUGCUGCCUAUUCACUUGCUGUAUCAUGGACUGUGGUCACUUCAGCACAGAAAUGCUAUUUCAUGGUUGACUCUGGAAAGGGCUGCCUGCAACACUCAAUGCUUAAAGUCAAGAAAUUUCGUAUUCUGAAAACUGGUGGUAAGAGGGUGUGGGGAGGUGACAUCUUUGUAAGAGAGCAGGUUUUGAUUAGAAUGCCUGCUAGGUGGUCUUGAAUGUAUGGGGAUCUGGCAGUGCCAUGGACUUGUACCCUUGGAGGAACAAGGGCUGCCUUGCAAUCUCAAAUAUUUGAAAUUAGAAAAUUGUGCUAACCAGGAGAAGCAGAGGACUCUGCAGUUUGGCCUCCAACCCUGCACCACUUUCUAUCAGAGAUUGUGUGCUAACCAGGACAGGCUCACUUCUCUUUCAUCAUUGUGUAUGUCUAGCCUAUGUCCAGGUCUGGCUUCUCUAUCAGAUGAUGGUCGUCUUUUUCCUAUGACUCUGAGCAAACUUUUGAUUAGUAAAAUGGAUUCUAUGCCCUCCCUGGGUUUCAAAAACCUCCCUUCUCUUGAAAGUUUAUCCAUCUAUAGGUGCCAUAAGGUCCAGUCCCAAGGGCUUCCUGAAACACUUCCAAGACUUGAGAUAAGGGACUGUUAACAAAGUUCCAAGAUGAAUUCCAUGUUUUCUACAUUAAAAGAAAAAAAAAAAAAGAAAAAGGAAAAACCUCAAUCAGGUAUGGUUAUUUUCAAUGCAAUCCCAGUUCCAGAUUGUCCUCUCAUGAAUGGAUGGCUUUAACAGCUAUUACUAAUUGGCAUUUUCUCUUAACUUGUUGGCCUUAGUUCCACACAAGCAUGAUCAAGACAUCCCACAUCCAUUUCCUGGCAUUAGAUAUUCAUCAUAUGGGCUGCUUAAAAUGAAAGCAAUGAUAUGUCUUCCCCUAAUAAGGUAAGCCUGCCCAUUCACAAUGUGCAGCUUCUGUUUUCAUUGCCCUAAUACUGAGUUCAUUUUCAGAUAAAGACAGCAAGUUUCUUCACUACAUUUAGGAAAGAAAGAAUAAAAAUAAGAUGCAGGUGAAAUCCAAAAUUUCCAAAAUUCAAGCUACAUAUUUGCAUGUCGCUGGAAAAUAAAAAUGUCAGAAAGCAUAGAGGUGUCCAAGGCAUUCCUGCAUGCACUUGAAGGAGACUGGUCUUACCUUCCUCAAGGUCCAUGAUGCUGGUCAGCCCUGAGCUGCACUAGAGCUAUUGAAGAGGUGGAUUGAAGACAAACUUCCUCAAAAACCCAUGCAUGACUGAAUCAAAAGAGCCAGAAAAAUGGCCUGCUCAAAUGUGAUUAUCUCUGUUGUGUUGAAGCCUAUAUCUGGUUAAAUUAUCUUGCUCACAGUUGAAUAAUUUGUCCAUGUUGAACAUUGCAUGCUGCCCUUGAAUUCUCAGUAUGCUUGUAAAUAUUCGCCCACAGCCAACAACUACAAACUCUGGACUUCACAAGUGAUGAUGCAACAAAAAUUUCCUUUGGGAAAUAAGAAUGUAUGCUGCCUGUGUAUAUCAUUCCUCUUUCUUGUUAUCUUAAUGUUUGCUGUACUUGUGGGCUUACUCCUUUGACUUGGAUUUGAAGUUUAAUAAAGGUGUACUACUAUUAUUUUCUUCU